AGAGAAAACCAGCGUCGGUCGCGGGCCCGCCGGAAAGAAUACGUCGAGGGCAUGCAGAGGAAGCUGCAGGACUUUGAGACCAAGGGCGUUGCCGCAACGCUCGAGAUGCAGCAGGCCGCCCGCGAGGUGGCCAUUGAGAACUCGCGCCUCAGGCUGCUGCUCGCCCACAACGGCAUCACCGUCGACGCCGUGGAGAACUUUUUGCAGUCCUUCAAGGGCCAGGAC